AUGAUGCUACGCAUUUCGCGACGGUCAUUGGGAUCUUUUAUUCUCAAUCAGCGUGUGACUCCAGACUGGUGGCAGGGAUUUCACAGAGAAGAACGACAUCGAAUUGCACGUGCACGCAUUGAAGAUUUACGUACAUCUGGUGAGAAUAGUAACAUUAGAAGAAAUAUUAGUAAUACUAAUACUCAUACUAGUGGUAGUAGUAGUAGUAGUAGUAAUAGUAAUAGUGAUAGUACGGUUCCUCUAACACUACAAGAGGCGAAUGAACUUGUCAAGACAUAUACACAGAACCACAAUGGUGAAGAUCUUAGUUUUAUUGUGCAGUAUAUUCGUGAGACAUUAGAAGAACCACUAGCUCCAAUGCAUUAUCACUCACUCUUUCGAGUUUUUAACUACACACGUGAUAAGGAUAAUAUUGAACAACUUCUUAAUGUUAUUAUAGAACGACAAGAUGCAGAUAUGGAAACUCAUGCUCGAGUUAUUGAUGCUCUUCACUGUCUUGGAUCUGUAGAUUCACUCACACGGAUUUUACGUGUUAUUGCUACUACACAAACAACUUAUGGAACUCUUUUAUUUGCAGAUGAAUGUCCAUUACUAACAUCCCUUUUACAUCAUGUUACCAAUACGAAUGGUUAUCCUCCUACUGCAUCACUUCUAGUUGCUGUUUGGAUACGUUCGUUUGGUGUUUCUCUCUGUGACUGGGAUUAUAUACAUAUAUUCUCUGCAUUACUAUCACAACCAGAUGAAUUCCCACGUAUACGAAAUACAUUAGGCGUUUUUAACGAAUUUUCUCGUGGUAUGGUUAGUCCUGAGGCAUUCUUUCAAAGACUUGAGAGCCGUGGGGAGUUAUCACCAUCCUCAAGUGCAUUAAGUUUACUUGUUGCCGCUAUGCGAGCCUCCUUAUUGCAAGCUGGUGUAGAUUUGAAAGUACCUAUUACCACUGGUGUCAUCAACACAAGAACGGCAGGAUUACCAGCUAUGAUAGAAUACAUUGUAGAAGAUAUGACAUUAGUGGGAAUUGCAGGGAAAUUACAUGGCGAUCUCUUAGACUGUUAUCAUACACUUGCCUUAUUAUAUAGUACAUUAAGAAAUGAUACGGCAGCAGUAGAAACCAUACGUUAUGUUGCCCGUGAGGUGCGGCGAAGAGAAGAAAGUUUUGAAAUUGAUAGAGGACAUUCUACACUUGGGAUAUCUAAUGAAUGUGUACGUCAUCAUUAUCUUAUGGAUGUAGGGAGUUUACUGAGUCGUGUUAGUAUGCAAACUGUACAAUCGGCACGUCUAGACUUUGCAAAAUUGGCACAAUGUGCAAACUCUGAUGUUUCUGAAAAUGAUGUAGCCGCUGCAGAAAGUUACGCUAUUGUAUUUGUGCGGAGUAAUGAUGAGGCAGAGGAAGCGCUGCGUCAAGUACGAGAGAGUGUGGAUCUCUCUUAUCAUCAUACACGACUUCCUACAAAGUUAAUGUUUCGUCGUUUUGUUGAACUCUGUGUUCGACACCCAAGGAAGAAUUGUAAAAUGACAGCUGCUGGAUUAGAAGAACGGCGUAAAUGGGGUCGAUAUCUCGAUGCCCGUGAUGCCUCACUGGCGUUAUUUGGAUCCGCCAAACAAGCACGUGAUUCAAUGAAACAUUUAUUCUAUAAUGAUAAUAAAAUGCCAGAAUUACGAAGUCCUGCCAUGAUAGAAAGAGAUAUGAAUGAUACCGCAGCGUUAUUUAAAUGGAAGUGUGCACCUACAAUGACUUCACUGCGAAUGCGUACAUCUAUUCCACAUGUUGGUUCUUCACCGGAUUCUGUGCCCCGUCACUUGUGGGAUCCGGAGGUGUAUAAUCCAUACCCGCAAGUGAUGCUUCCAGUAAGUCCAAUGGAAGAUGAACGCAUCACGGAGGAUAUAUUUCAAGAGGUUUGGCGGGUUAUCAUGAAUCCAACACUUGUGGGAACAGACCAAUGGUAUUUGCGAGAUUCAGAAAUGUAUUUACUUCUUAUGCGUUGUCUUAUUCAUCGUCUUGAUUGGGAAGCCGCGGCUCAUCUUACUUUAAAGACAAUGGAGAAUUUGACGUAUACGUACAUGAUGGAUCAUGAUGUGACACUGAUGUUUAGAGAAAUUGGAGAUCCGGCGGGUUGUUUGGCAUUUAAAGUGGCGACAAAACUCUUUGAUGGACGUAUUCUAAAGGAUGGACAAAGUAAACGGGAGAGAUUCCACCAGGAGCAGUUUGGUGAGAUGUGA